AUGGAUAAAAUCACGGUCGGUGGUCGAAUCGGUGAUGUUACCGUCAACUUCUGCACUCUACCUAUUAUUGAUCAACCAGAAAUCAAACUUUAUGUUCUUCAAUCGAGACCCGAUGAUCCACGGGCAUUUACCGUUAUUGAAUGGCUCGACAGAAAUCAUUAUGUUGUUCCAGUAGAAAACUUAAAUCGAAUUCAAGAUUCUUCGCCGUUCGAGAAACGUAAUGGUCUGCAUACAAUCGCUGCGAACACAAAUAUACCAAUAUUGGCAGGUCAAUAUUUGGCCAUUAGUUUUGGUCUCGGUGCCAGCAGUCCGUACAGUGUCGAACGAAAUGAAUAUUCAGUGAGUGUCAAACAUUUUCAAACAUCAUUGAAAGAGAAGAAACCGGUACUGUUUACCAAUUAUCCAAAUAAAGGAGCAGCGUUCAGUUUUAAUGUGGUACAAACAGACGAAAUGACCAACAAGUUUCAAGAACGUGACAAUAUGCUACGUGAAUCGUCAAUUGCCGAAGAUUAUUGGAAACAGAUUAUUGAAUCGAUCAAGGAAGAUGAACGAAAUGAACAACGUGAAGAUACGUGA